AUGGACGACGAUGAACGCAUGGAGGACCUCGAGGAGGCAGGCGAGCCACCGCUGGCGUUGUCUGACGCUGAGAGGCAAAUCCUCGAGGAGUACGACAGACUACACCAGAUGGACCUGGAGAUUGCCAUUAUCAAGGCUCAGAAGGCAUAUAAGUCAGCCCCAGCAGACGACUCACCAGACGCGCUGGCCGCCGCGCAAGAGGCCCUUUUGCAGGCCCGAUCCCGUUACAAGCUGCGAAAUGACGCCGUUGAGCUCGUCGUGAUUGCCAACCCCGUCCUCAAAGCCGUUCACGGCGGCACGAAUGCCUCUCCCAUCGACCGGUACGCGCCGCCCCCCUACUCGGCUUUCGCCCUCUCAGCUGACCACCAACUUUUUUUGCAAAGCGAUUUGCUUCCCUUUAUUGUCCAGCGCGACGACGCCGCCGUCGACGCCGCCCGGUCCGCCACGCAGGCGCAGGCCACGCGCGACGCCCUCACCGACGUGCAGGUGGAGACGCUGCGCGCGUGCCGGCGCAACGUCCAGCUGACGAGCCGGGUGUUUGAGCUCGCGGCGCAGCUCGAGGCGCGCAAGGCUGUCGACUGGGACGGCGGGGAGGAGGCGCUCCGGGUGCGCGACGAGAAGCGCAAGUGGCGCGCGGUCAAAGGCGCGGCGAGCGGCAUCGUCGCCGGCAGCGGCGUCGACUGGGCGUCGGACGAGGCGCUGCGCGACAUGGUGCUCGAUCCGGAGGAUGAUGACUAG